CGCUCACGGAGGCAGUGAAAACCUCCGUUGGGUAUAUGCGCUCGCAGAUGUCAUGUGAAAACCCGCAUGCUGGCCUUACCGCACAACUGAAGAGUCCGAUCACUGCUUCACGCACCUCCGGAAUGGUUUUGCACAGUAGUCUACCACUUUGACGAGACCAAACCUCACCACCGAGGAUUUUUUUAUUUAUUUUUACUCUGGUUUAUGUUUCUUCAUGCCUGACGCGUUCGGGAGCGACUUACCACCACUAUGCGAGCCCAAAUUGAAGUCAUACCAUGCAAAAUCUGUGGAGAUAAGUCAUCAGGCAUCCACUAUGGAGUUAUCACAUGUGAAGGCUGUAAGGGUUUCUUCAGGCGCAGUCAACAGAACAAUGCAUCCUACUCCUGUCCCCGUCAGCGCAACUGCCUGAUUGACCGAACGAACCGCAACCGCUGCCAGCACUGUCGGCUCCAGAAGUGCCUGGCUCUGGGCAUGUCCCGGGAUGCUGUUAAAUUUGGCCGCAUGUCCAAGAAGCAGAGGGACUCUUUGUACGCAGAGGUUCAGAAACACCAGCAGAGGCUGCAGGAGCAGCGGCAGCAACAGACAGGCGAAGCGGAGGCCAUUGCCCGUGUUUACUCCUCCAGCCUCACCAACGGUCUCAGCACCCUCAACCACGAGAUUGGAGGGACGUACGCCAAUGGUCACGUCAUAGACAUGCCCAAGGGCCAGCCGAAUGGCGCUCACGGGGGCUACUACGGCAUGGACUCCACACAGGCCAGUCCAGAUCAGUCUGGACUGGACAUAACUGGAAUGAAGCAGAUCAAACAGGAACCAAUAUAUGAUCUCACCCCUGUUCCCAACCUUUUCACCUACGGCUCCUAUCAAGACAGCCAGCUAGCACCUGGAGUGUCCAUGGGGGAAUUAGACCGAAUUGCACAGAACAUCAUAAAGUCCCACCUGGAGACGUGUCAGUACACCGCAGAGGAGCUUCAGCAGCUAGCCUGGCAGACGCACUCCUAUGAAGAGGUCAAGAUGUACCAAAGCAAGACACGGGACGUGUUGUGGCAGCAGUGCGCUAUGCAGAUAACUCAUGCUAUUCAGUAUGUGGUAGAGUUUGCAAAGCGCAUCACUGGCUUCAUGGAGCUUUGCCAGAAUGACCAGAUAUUACUGCUGAAAUCAGGUUGUCUAGAAGUAGUGCUGGUCAGAAUGUGCCGGGCAUUCAACCCUCUGAACAACACGGUUCUGUUCGAGGGAAAAUAUGGAGGCAUGCAGAUAUUUAAAGCUCUAGGCUGUGACGACCUGGUCAGUGCAGUGUUUGACUUUGCCAAGAGUCUGUGUUCACUGCAGCUAACGGAAGAGGAGAUCGCCCUGUUUUCCGCUGCAGUGCUCAUUUCUACAGAACGGCCAUGGUUAAUGGAGCCCAGAAAAGUGCAGAAGCUACAAGAGAAAAUCUACUUUGCCCUGCAGCACAUCAUGCAAAAGAAUCAUCUGGAUGAGGACGCGCUAGCCAAGCUGAUUAGCCGGAUCCCCACGCUGUCGGCUCUCUGCACUCUCCACACAGAGGAGCUUCAGGCCUUCCAGCAGCUCCACCCAGAGACGGUUAACAUGCUAUUCCCUCCCCUCUAUAAGGAGCUUUUCAAUCCUGACGCAGCUGGCAUCAUGCCCAAAUGACCGCACAUGUUCACACGCAUUCUUCACAAAGUCUUCAGCAACUGGAAGUGUCCCGGAGGAUGAAAACCGUGUCGCAGCAUCCGCAGAUUUUGCUGCAACAACAGUAAAAACUAACUCUAGGAAUGUCCUGCACUUCAAAAAUCCAACUCAAUUUCACCGGUACAGUCAUAAGAAUGUAUAUAUAUGCGCCAGCAGCAAAAGGCGCCUUCCAUUUGACCAGAAAUGUACAGACUUUAAGACAAUUUAGCUGUCUUUAAAUUGGGUAAGUUAAUUAGUUUGACUUCUCUCUCUCUCUCUCUCUCUCUCUCUCUCGAUUUCUUUUUUUUAUAUAUAAAAUAUUGUUAUAUUGAAAUGAGAAGGUGGGGAGUGCAUUCAAAAAUUAUUAUGUAGUAAUUUCUCUAGUACAAAGUGGUACUCCAGUAUUAAAUCUUGUUCUGUUAAUAUUUUAGUCAUAAUUUAAAAACAACAGUGGUCUAAAAGGCCCUUACCUUGUCGAUGUAAUUUUUCGUAUUUGUUUUGUAGUUUUACCUGUACAGAAUAUGUGAUGUUGAACUGGUAUAAGGUUAACGGGGGACUAACUUUGUUUGGUCACGUUUAAAAGCCUUGUCUGGGCUAUGUAGAUAUGUAUAAACAGCACCACCACACUAAUCCUACAAGAAAGGAUUUUUGAAGUGGAAAAAUAAUUGAUAAUGGAUACUUUUCCAUACAAAAAGUAUAGAGAUAUAUAUUUUACAAAAAUUGUAUGGCCGAUUAACAUCUCGUCAGUCAUAGCUGCAAUAACAGUUUCUGUAACUGCUGAAAAACAAUCCGGUCAAAUGUGACUUCAUGGGAAGCCCUCAGAACUGCUUCAGAUCUAUUAUCCUGUUUGCUCUAAAUGCCUCAAAAUGCUGUUUUUUACUGCCACACUGCCAAACUAAUACAGCACUAGUGUAGUGGAGCUGCAGCUGUCAGGAUGUGUUUACUGUCACUGAUAUCACUGAAGUCAAACUCAUCUCUUUUCUACAAAUUCAUAGAAGAUUCUCUGACUUUAGCAAUAAUGUCUAAUAUGUCAAACAUGCCCAGGUCAGGCUGGGGUAUUCUUAACCUCAUGCUUAAUGUAAAGCACUAAUCCUUAUUUCAAACAUCAACUUAUUUUGAUAUUUAUUAUAAUUCAUGAUGAAUAUCUGAAGUCACUUAAAAUGAAUCAGUCAACUCCAAAAAAUGAUUAAAAAAAAAAAAAACAGUCAAGGGUUUUAAGCGAUCAUUUGGAACUUUUGGAACUUAUUUGGAUUUUUUUUUUUUUAAUCCUUUCAAAAUUCCAUUGGAAUUUGUUUUAUCAUAAUUUUGAACUAAUCCUGAAAGAUGACAAUCAAAUAUGAAUUCCUCUAUAAAAUAAGAUGCUAGUGGGUAAAUGGAAAUAUCUAUUUUUCAUGUUUUAUUUAUGUAUUUAUUGUUUUAUUUAUUUAUUUACUUUGUUAACACAAAAUUGCUACAUUUGGGAAUAAAAAAAGGAUUAUAGUUCUGGUUAGGUGAUUGUCUUGGAAUUUAGCUGGUUAAGAAACUAUUUUAGCAAAGCAUUUUUAAAUACAACAACAUUACCAGUCAUCCUCAGAGUUUCCUGUAAUUCAGAAUUGCUGAGCAUACUUAACUUGCUUAAAUCCACUGACUUUGUAAAAUCUGAAUGCAAGUGGUAAAUGACAAUCAUGUUUGACUACUCACACUGCAGUAUUGAACCACAACAUGCAACUACUGUAGGAAAACUAGGAGUUCUACAAGGGAAGUUUGGGUUUGGACCCUUUUAAAUCCAAGGUAAAUCUUAUAAAGUACUAUCUCAUACCACCAGGUGGAGAUACUGUGAGUGCUUUUCCCCUUCUCUUGACCUGUACUCACAGGAUGUAAAGCCAUAUGUCAGUUUCUUAUGAAGGAAAAAAUAAGCAUACAAGCUAGGAGUUGACUCAUAUGUGGGUCAUUUUAAUAUGUCUUGAUGCAUUAAUAUUGUGAAAUGCACUUGAAAUCACUAAACAAUGAAGGAUUAAUAACUACAGAUGGUUUUGGUAUUAAAUACUUGCACAAAUGAAGUCUGCUGAGAAGCAAUCAUACUACCUGUUCAAGUCCUCCUACUGAACCAAAUGCUCUCAGCCCAACUUUAGGGAAUGUUUCCAAUUCAUUCAGUUUCCUGUUCAAGACAAUCAUUUCUGGGUGCAAUUUUUUUUGCCGCCCAUCUCAGGGACUUCUCUUUUAAUGUUUUCAAUAAUAAAUAAAAAAAGAGUACUAUUUAAAAAAAAAAAAAUAUGGAUGUUUUUAGGGGAAAAAAAUACAAUCACAGGGGUUUCUUCACAUACAAAACCUACCCAGACAAGGCUUUGGUGUGUAUGUGUGUGUGUAUAAAGCGUAUGCCCAUUGUUGAGAGGUGAAACAAGCUUGACUGCGAAUCAGGCCUCACCACACUGCAUCGCUUGUUGCACGUCCCAGAAAAAAGCUCUUUUUCUCUCUGUAAAUAUCAAUGUGCAGCAGCAUACUAGCAACGGUGCCUGUGCUCCAAAUUAAAAUGUUGUAAUUAUUAAGCAUCUCCUAAAAUUAAAUGGAUUUUAUGUAAGUUAGAUUAUUUAUACAGAGCAUAACUAAGCUGCUCUCUAUUUCUAUGCUCAUUAAAGAAAAUGGAUUCAGUCAGAAAUCAUUUUAAACUUAUGAAGGUUUUUUUUCUGUAUUAGGGGAUGAGAGGAAUUUGUAUCUACUUGAGAAGUUCAACACUGUUAGGUACUGUAGCAAUAACUGGAAGCAUUUACUACAGUGAUCUUUGCAUUCUAAGAUUAUUUUUAUUUUAUUAUAAUGAUAUUAUUAUUAGCCUAUCGAUGUUCAGUUACUCUUGCAUGCUGGUUCAUAAUAAUGAAACCUCUGGGCUUUUGUGUUUUGUUUUAUGUGAUGCUGAUGGAGAGUGGGUGGGCAGUGGGGAGGGGGAUGGAGGUGGGCUCGGGCUCGUUUUACUCUGAAUGUUUCUGGGUUGGUGUUGACGGAACAAAACAAACCCUGUUCAUUCUGUUCGCACACACAGACGCAAGAACAAACUAUUUCUUACUAUGUAGGAAUAAAGUUAUGUAAGGGCAUUAAAAGUCAGAACAUACUCUACGCAAAUACGUGAACGCGGACGAAAGGUCGACUUCACUAAUAGCUGCGCUUUUUCUAUUACGGUCUGCUCUUUCUUUGUAGUCCAAUGCUAUUAUUUUGGAGCAACAGUUAGUUAACGACUGUUUAUAAAAACUUACCUUAAUGAUAACAUCUGGUUUAAUGUCACAGACAUCUGAAUGUAGCUUUAUCGCCCUCUUGAGGUUUGUUAUCGCCGCUAGACCAACGCACGAGCUCACGUUGGAAUGCGUCGACUAAGUGCUUGCGUCUGUGCAUGCGUUUUUUAAGUAUGUUUCAGCCCUUACAGAUUUGUUGAUUAAAGUCCCUUAUACUGUAUUCCGCUAAUCUAAUAUGAAUAUAUCAACUUGGCAAAUACUAUUCAUAUGCUUAAAAGGAAGGAAACAUGUUUGUAUGUGGAUUUGAGUGGUAGGCCUAAGCCUACGUUACCAGGCUAUUACUGAAGUUCCUACAACACUACUGAUGCAUACUAACGUUACACAUUUCAGUUAUAUAAAUUAACAAAUAUUUUUGUUAAUUUAUGAAUCAGAAUUUGUUUGUCUCCCUGGAUGAAAAGAAAUUUAAAAAAAAAAAACCCCGGCAAAACAGGUAGCAUCUGUUACCAAAACCCUUAAGACUGUACUUAGUGUGCAGAAUCUUUUUAUGUAAUAAAUAUGUAAACAAUUUUUUUUUCAAGUGCCAUAGCUAGUGUGAAGUGAAGCUGAAUGGCAUAUGAGGCAGAUGCUUUACUGUAUAAGUUGUUUACUUGAGAAGCAAUCAAAAAGUGGAUUUCAGAUGCAAGUGUGAAUAUUCAGACAACCAACUUGUUCAUGGAGAACAGGCUCUGACUGACAGAACUUUAGCACAUGUCCACAAUACAAGUACAGCACAUGUAGCAUGGGAGGGGGGAGGGGGGUUCUGUUAAUUUGCCAACAGUGUGAUUGUGUGUGUGUGUGUGUAUGUACUGUAUAUGUGAGUUGGAGUAUAUAAGUGAAGUGUGAAUAGCACUUUGUUUAAUGGACUGAAUAUGUGUGCUUGUAUUUGUAUGAUUCGGGGUGGCUUGAGCUUGAUGUGCAAACAUUGUGAAAUGGACAUGUAAAAGUACUGAUUAAUCGAGACCUAAAGUGUCUCCUCCAUGUUGUACAUACUUAGCGAAGGAAUUAAGUGAUUUUUGUCAAAUUCUAUAUUUUAUGGCUUUUGUAGACAUUUCUUUGUGGGAUAAAAAAAUAAAAUAAAGAAAACUUUAUGGAUGCAAA